UCCCCCCUCUCUCUCUCUCUCUCUCUUCAAUCCAAACCAAAUCGAAGGAGAGAGAAAAAAAUACAGUCACAAAAUAUGUCAGUAACAACUUCAAUCCCUAGCAUCAGAUUCUCCCCUUCAUCUUCUUCUUCAUCAUCAUCUUCUUCCCAAUCCUCAUCCACUCUCAGAUUCUCCGUUCCCAAAUCCCUAAUUUUCACCAUCCGUAGUUCUCAAACAGACGGACCUAUUCGAAGACCGGUCGCUCCAUCUCCACUUAAACCUCCAACGCCUCCAUCGCUCACUCCUCCGACGCCUCCAUCGCUCACUCCUCCGACGCCUCCGUCAUCGCCAUCGCCUGCUGUUGCGGCGGCGGUGGUUACAGAGGGAGGUAAGAAUGUGAUUACUUUGGAAUUUCAGAGACAGAAAGCGAAGGAGAUUCAAGAGUAUUUUAAACAGAAGAAAAUUGAAGAAGCUAAUCAGGGACCUUUCUUUGGAUUCAUUGGCAAGAAUGAGAUUAGUAACGGCAGAUGGGCGAUGUUUGGAUUUGCUGUGGGAUUGCUAACAGAAUAUGCCACAGGGUCGGACUUUGUUGAACAAGUAAAGCUUAUUGUCUCCAAUUUGGGUAUUGUAGACCUUGAAUGAAUUUUUACUUUGUACUGCCAUAAAUACUUGAAUAUAUGUUGUAAUUGUUUCAGUCAAAUUCUCAGCACAUAUAACAGCCUUAUUUUUCUUUCUUUGUAUAAUUUGUUUCAUCUUUAAAUUGUUUCAACCUUCUUCUUUACUGGGCUGGCUUAUAUAUACAUACUGAACAAUGAUCUUGUUCCUCAAGAAUAUAUAUUCUUCAUGUA